AUGCAGAAGAUUCCUUACGCUUCGGUUGUGGGGAGUCUAAUGUAUGCUCAGGUAUGUACACGUCCGGAUAUUGCGUACAUUGUUGGCAUGUUAGGCAGAUAUCUAAGUAACCCUGGAAUGGAUCAUUGGAGAGCAGCCAAGAGGGUUAUGAGAUAUUUACAGAGAACAAAAGAGUACAUGCUUACAUAUAGGAGAUUGGAUCAGUUAGAGUUCAUUGGGUAUUCCGACUCUGACUUUGCUGGAUGCCAAGACAGCAGAAGAUCCACAUCAGGCUAUAUUUAUCUGUUGGCUGGUGGAGCAAUUUCAUGGAGGUCUGCCAAACAGACACUCGUAACUUCAUCCACCAUGGAAGCAGAGUUUGUAGCAUGUUAUGAGGCAUCCAAUCAAGGAAUAUGGCUACGAAAUUUUGUCACUGGCUGCGUGUUCUGGAUGAGUGGACAGAUAUCCAUAGAGCAUAUUGGAACAAACUCCAUGAUAGCGGAUCCGCUUACAAAGGGAUUACCACCCAAGGUCUUUCAUGAGCACACUGCUCAUAUGGGUGUUGUCUCAUUUGAGGAUAUCCAAAUUUAG